GGUAAAAAAUAUCGCACGUUCUGGCAGCACUGCUUGAGCCCGAUGUGUUUUCUGUUUUGAAUCCAAGCGGAUUGAAGCAGUGAUAGUCUAGGUUAUAAAAAUAAACCUCAAAUAAUUUAUAACUCAAUAAGUUUAUUUACAAACAAGUGAAAUAACAGUUCAAAUAAAAUAAUAAAAAUGGCAAGUGAAAAUGAUUCAGUGUACGGCACAACUUUGUCCCAGGAGUCAAUGAAAGUCAUCGCCGAGAGUAUUGGCGUUGGGAACCUACCUGAUGAAGCUGCCAAAGAUCUUGCUGAGAAUGUUAGUUAUCGACUCAAAGAAAUAAUUCAGGAUGCAGCGAAAUUUAUGCGCCAUGGAAAACGUCAAAAGUUGACGACUCAUGACAUAGAUCAUGCGUUGAAAAUAAAAAAUAUUGAACCAACUUAUGGGUUUUUUGCGAAAGAUCAUAUUCCAUUUCGGUUUGCAUCAGGUGGCGGUCGUGAGCUGCAUUUUGUCGAAGAUAAAGAACUCGAUUUACAGGACAUGAUAUCUGUAGCUGGGGGUCCAUCGUGGCCGAAAUUGCCAUUGGAUGUGACAUUACGAGCGCAUUGGCUUUGUAUCGAUGGAGUCCAACCAACGAUACCAGAGAAUCCACCGCCUGUUUCAAAAGACGUUCAAAAGAUUGAAAGUGUUGAUCCAACAGCAAAACUAGUGGCAAAAACCACAAACGUUGGUGUUGGAAAACCCGGUGGUGGAGGCAAAGGUCAUAAACUUCGUAACGUCGAAACCGUCCACGUAAAACAAUUAGCGACUCAUGAGUUGAGUGUCGAGCAACAAUUGUACUACAAAGAAAUCACAGAGGCUUGCGUGGGUUCCGACGAAGCACGUAGAGCUGAGGCACUUCAGUCGCUUUCAGCAGACCCAGGGUUACAUGAAAUGCUAGCGCGGAUGUGUACAUUUAUAGCUGAAGGUGUUCGCGUUAAUGUUGUUCAAAAUAAUUUGGCAUUAUUGAUUUAUCUCAUGAGAAUGGUCAAGGCAUUGAUUGACAAUCCGAGUUUGUACUUGGAAAAAUAUCUUCACGAGCUGAUACCAUCCGUCGCUACGUGUAUUGUCUCGAAACAAUUGUGUAUGAGACCUGAAAUGGACAAUCAUUGGGCUCUGCGUGACUUUGCGUCGCGAUUAAUGGGUCAAAUUUGUCGUAAUUUUAACACUUCAACUAAUAAUGUUCAGACUCGAGUUACGAGAAUGUUUAGUCACGCUUUAACUAAAAAUAGUCAAACACCUUUGGCUUCACUUUACGGUGCAAUAAGUGGUCUAUGUGAAUUGGGACCGGAAGUAAUAAAAGCUUUGGUGAUACCAAAAAUAAAAUCAAUAUCAGAUCGUAUUGAAACUUCUGGCGAAGGAUUGACAUCAAAUAUUGAUAAAAAUGCAGCUGGACACAUUAAAACUGUUCUAGUGAAAACCGUAGCUCCAAUUUUGAAAACAAUUCGUUCACCCCCGGACUUUGUGGAAGAGUAUAAACUCGAUUAUGGUUACAUUGGUCCAGCAUUGUGUUCAGCGGUAGCUAAAGCCCGUACUCAACCGAUUACGACAACAGUUACUCCAACGGCUGUUGGAUUAACGGGUAAUCAACAACAAAAUCCCACUGUAAGCAACAAGAGCUUGGUUCAAAAUGAACAUAUCCCAGUGACGAAUCCAACUCCAAAUCAACAACGUACGAUAGUGGUUGGUUCUGGUAGAAAUCCAACGGUAAGUUCAGCUGGUGGUGCACAAAAGUUUGUUAUUUUGCAAUCAAGAUCUCAAACCCCAACGAAUACAAUAAUCCAACAGCAGCAGCAACAGCAGCAGCAACAACAACAACAACAGCAGCAGCAACAACAACAACAACAACAACAACAACAACAACAACAACAACAACCAACCCAACAACAGUCACCGCAGCAAAUAAAAGUCAUGCCUGGCAAUGUAAAUGUUCAGCAAAAGUCACAAAUACAACCUAAUCCAUCAAAAUUAGUUGUUGUAUGUAUGGCUAAUGCGAGUCAAGUGAACACUCCAACUGUUUCUCAAGUGACGUCACUUAAUCCAAAACCACAAAAUAUUUUGAUAACGCAAACAAGUACCGAGCGGUCACUCAGUCCAGAAGAUCAAUCGUUUAUGUGAUUUACUAAAAUGUUUAAAUCAAAUUUUUAUAAUUUUAUUUAAUUUAAUUAAUUUUAUGAAUCAAUGUAUUGUAUAGAUAUAUAAAUUUUUAAGAGCAGACAUAAAUUAAAAAUAAAUAAUUUUUGAGAAAAAAAACUA